AUGACGCGCCCCCUACCCAACCUCGUCGUGCACCGCAAGGACGUCGAGCAGACCCCGGCAACAGAAAUCCGCAACCUCUUGACCAUCCAGGCCGCCCUCGUCCGCGGCGACAAGCACGUCACCCUCCACAACACCAGCCGCGUCACGGAGCUGGACGUGCAGCGCAUCCGAGUCCCCUACCACCCGCGGAACAGGCCCCAGCAUGAGAUGUACGAAUGCCUCUUCGGCCUCCCCCCGUCCUCGAGCUCCGGCAACGGCGACGACGCGGCGUGGACGCAGCCGGAGCACGUCGGCCACUUCAUCGAGAUGCUCGACUGGGACGGCUUCCGGCUCGAGUGGGUCAAGGUCCUGGGCGAGGGCGGCUUCGGCAUGGCCACGCUCUGGAACGCAAUCUUCGAGGACGGCAGCAGCGUCAAGGCCGUCAUCAAGAUCCCCGUGCGGUCCAACUCGGACUUUUACAGCGAGCUGCAGUGGCAUCUGCGCUACGCGGGCGCUUCGCAUGUUACUCAGGCGCUGGACUUGCAGGCCAUGGCUGACGGUGUUCGACAGAGGAUGAACAGGGGACACAUGGUCGGCCGUGGAGCGAGAUUCCUCCCUUCCGAGUUGGAGGUUCUUGUGCUGGAGUAUGCUGAUCGCGGGAGCAUGUAUGACUUGCUGAGCAGGGCGUCGCACUUUAACAUUGUGUUCUCGAACAAGAUUCUCUGGGAGAUUUGGGAGUGCCUGGUAAAGGGAGCUGUAUCUGUGGCGCUGCAGCCAGACGCGGUUCGGCGAUGGGGCCACGAUGGCCUCGACAAGAUUCUCGAGUCGUUGGAUGACCCUGACAAUAUUGCUGAGCUUCACAGGAUUAGUACUCUGAUCGAUAGCCACGAUGUUCACUUUGACAUUGAAGAGCAAAACGUUCUCAUUGCUGAGGAUGAGCAGCACGGACAUCAUCCCAUCUUCAAGCUUCACGAUUUCGGUGAGUUCAGCCACAAGAUGAGGGAAAACUGGGCAUUUUGGCCAGAGUCGGAAUACUGGAGGUUGAGACGAGUUCCGAAGAGCAAUCGCAUUCCCCCGGAAACCAUUGCUAGGGAAUGGGACACAUUCGAUCCCGCCCACCCCGGGCCAUGGACGAGAUUUGUCGGCGACACGUUUGGCCCUGAUAAGAAUGUAAUUGCCGGACGAUAUGGCACUUGGACGAACCUCUUUAUGAUCGGCAAGAUUAUGGAAGCAGUCAUCACCAAGCUCUGGGUAGCCCACCCCAUGACCACCAUGCGCUUCAGGCCCGACGACUGGAGAGCCGACGGCGAAACGUACGGCUGGCGCAUGUGCCGGGCUGGCCACGCAUGGAUCGAGUUCGAGCUCCGCUCCCUGAUCCUCCAGUGCCAGUACGAGAAGCCAGAGGACCGCCCGCCGCUCACCUAUCUCCUCCAAAAGAUCGCCGAGCGCAAGCAGCGCGGCUUUCCCGAGGAGCCCGAUGAGACGACACGCCAGUUCUGGGAUCUGUUCUGGACGAUGCAGAGGCCGAGCCGGUAUCCUGACCAGCAGGACGACACACAGAAUGUGGCUCCGUAUGAAGACGAUGACGGCUUCGCAGCGGCUGCUGCUCAGGGCCUUGGGCCACAGGCACCUCCUCCCCCUGUGCCCCCUCCUCCUCCUCCUCCUCCUCCUCAGGGGUCCGCGACAAACCCCAAUACAGCGACGGGUUACGAAGAGACUGGCAAUCCCCUCAUCACGCAUGUAGCCGCUCUGCGCCUCAAAAGCCGGCGAUCACCACUCAUGUCCUCUUCUGGGGACGCAGGCCCGCCCGAAAGUCUCGCACGAGGAGCUCCCUAUCCUUUCAGUGGAGGAGAGCUCUCAACAGCCGUUCCAGCGGACAUGAGAAUGUCGGAUCUUGCUUCCACCGCACCACUGCUAGGACGACCUGCCGCCGCCGAAGGUUCUUCAAGUGAAGAGUUUCCGAUGCGGCCGGGCGCAGCGACGGCUGUACAGCUGAGAAUCCCUUUUGCCCAAGGCGCGUCGGAGCACCCGAUGCGCCCGUCUGCGCCCAUGUUUGGGCGUCCUGCUGCGGAGGACUCGUCAGGCGAGGAGUUUCCCAUGAGGCCGGGGGCGACGACGGCGCAGUUGGGACGGCCGCCCGCCGCUGAGAAUUCUUCUUCGAUGCCGGAUUUCUUCAUGCGACCGACGGCGGCAACGCUACCGCUGAGGCGGCCGCCCCCUGAUGUAGGUCCAUCAGGAGAAGAGUUUCCCAUCCUGCCGGGCGCGAUGCUGGUACAGCAGCUGGGGCGACCACAGCAGCCAAGGAGACCACAGCAGCUAAGGCGACCACAGCAGCUAAGGCGACCACAGCAGCUAAGGCGACCACCUGCUGCUAAAGGCCCCUCAAGCGAGGACUUUCCCAUGAGGCCGGGGGCAGCAAUUGCACAGGCGCCACCGCACGCCGUCGCCGAAGGCUCUUCCGGCGAGGAGUUCCCGAUGAGAGCGAAUGCGGCGGUGGCUCAAGCGAGGCCGCCUGCUGGCGAAGGUUCGUCGGCAGAAGAAUUUCCCAUGCGGGCGACAGCAGUACAACUGGGGCGGCCACCUGUUGCCCAACAAGGCUCAUCAAGCGAGGAGUUUCCCAUGCGGGCGACGGCGACGGUGGCCCAGGAGAUACCAUCAGGCGAAGGGUCUUCAGGCGAGGAGUUUCCAAUGAGGCCCGGGGCGACGAUGGUGCAGCCGGGCCCACCACCACCCGUUGCCCAAGGACAAGGCUCCUCAAGUAAGGAGUUCCCCAUGAGGCCCGGAGCCACAACGGUGGCGACGUCGACAAAGAAGCGCAGCGCAGAGGAUGCUGCCGCCGAAGAAGAAGACUCGGAGAGCACAACCAGCACCCAGCGGCGCAAGAAGCAGCGACGAGUCCGCUUCGACGCGGCGUCGGCCUCGUCGACCGCGACCAUGGGGAUGCUGCCCGUCCAGCUCGUGGAGACGGCAACGGACCAGAGCCCCGACGGCACCCUGACCAGGACCUUUGCCAACACGCCCACUAACCCGACAAUCGCCGUGACCGACGCUCCUCCAUCUCGUGCCGGGACGUAUCUCGAGCACAUACAGCACCAUCCCGGCUCCACCGUCUCUCUGGCCGUGCCGGAGACGGACAGCAGAGGCCGGGCGGCGACGAAGAAGUCGAGGAGCACGCGCAAGAGGCUGGCCACGUUCUUCCGCCUGGACCGGCUGCGGAACAAGUUCAGGAGGACGCCCUCGCCUCGUGGCGGCGCGGGGAGUAGUGCCGUUGCUGCGGUUCAGGUGGAGAGCACGCCUGAGCUUGGGGGGACGGGUAGUAGCGUGAUGGACGUGGACGAGGGAGAGCAGCGUGGCGGGGAUGAGGACGAGGUUAUGGAUGAGGGUGAGGCGAGUGCUGCUGCGCCCAGGGAGAGAGGCGAUGCGGCGAGGAGCGAGAGGGUUUGGUGGGGGGACGAUCAGGCCCAGGGGGGAGGAGGGAAUGCAGGAGAAUUAUAUAGAGGGCAUAUCAGGAUAGAGUGA